AUCGCGCAGUCGGGUGACAUCAGUGCCCUGGAUUGGAUUGGUAAAUCAUCUGAGUUCAACAGCUGUCUGCCAGCCGACAUCACUUCCUACGAAGACCCACCAUGCAAACUCCCAUCUAUGCUAUCUGCAGAUGAGAUGCAGACAUCUGUCUCCUCGCUGCGACAUGCUGGGGCUGUCGGGUUGGCUUCGAAAUUGUACAGCACACUUGACUCCCUGAGCGCUCCCCGUUUUGCAAACCGCCGGCUUCAUCUCCCUUGCAUCGCAUUCUCUGUCAAACAAGUCAGACGGCAGCCUCGUCAAGGCCAGGAGACAUAUACUACGUAUGAAGUCAAGGCAGAUGGGCUUCGUGACUUGCUGAUCACCACAGAAGACAAGCUAGUUCAGUUCUCGCAGGCAAGACCCAUUCCGCAGACAUUCUUGCUUGUUCUUCCGUGGAAUCGCUCUCUCCUCGAGCUGCCCGACUUUGCGGAACUGCCUGACUCUGCGGAGCCGUCCCAUUCUCUAGAUGAGUCUCAGAGCAUGGAAGAUUAUUCAACCCCGCUCGAGUCUCCUUUACAUGAUUCGUCCAUGUCGUCUGCAGAAAAAGGGACGGAUGAUUCAGAAUCUCACUCGCGAGCGUUGCGAUUGAUUGUUCGCCUUGGACAGCCGUUUGGCGCAUUUUUACUAGCGCAGCAGCGCGGCGGAGAAUACAAGAGAAUCGCGUCAGACCACGAUAUCAUUGCACAAGCUAAAGAUGUGGCUUCUGUUAACGGUAUGAUG